GCGGGAGGGAGCUUUCUUCUGGUGCUGGUUCCUUAACUCCGGGCCUCUGGGGAAGUGUAAGGCAGUCUCUGUAACCGAGGCACUGCGCGCAGGAUCUGAGCUGAGAGCAUCUGCUGAGUGCGGGCGGCUCAAGCUGGUGCGGAGAGGACCAGGGGACGAGAUUGACGGAACAACCCACCUCCACUUGCCAAUAUAGUUUCAGAAUGUCAAGUACUGUGUCCUACCGGAUCUUCAAUUCUGUAAGGAAUCGUAUUGCUGUAUUACAAGGGGGUAGACGCUCAUACUCAAGGGGUGCCUCGAUCAGGAAUCAAUUGAAAUGGAGGCAUUUUCCUCAGACGUCGUCGACUCUAAAGAACCGUAUUCCAUGUGGUAGCUUUGCUCUGCAGAAAGCCUUCAGACACACAUCAACUGAGGAAGAGGAUUUCCACUUACAGCUUAGCCCCGAGCAGGUCAAUGAUUUGCUUCGAGCUGGCGAGUCAUCUCACAAGCUUCUUGAUUUCAACAGUGGAGUUCCAGUGUUAAGGUUUGAGAGCAACCAGCUGGCUGCCAAUUCCCCAGUGGAGGACCGACAAGGUGUAGCUUCCUGCAUGCAAACCAAUGGACUAAUGUUUGGUAUUUUUGAUGGACAUGGCGGCCAUGCAUGUGCACAAGCGGUGAGUGAGAGGCUCUUCUACUACAUGGCAGUGUCCCUGAUGUCCCAGCAGACCUUGGGGCAGAUGGAGGAAGCAAUGGAAAACAUGCAGCCUUUGCUACCCAUCCUUCAGUGGCUCAAGCAUCCUGGGGCUAGUAUUUAUAAGGAUGUCACGUCAGUACAUCUGGACCACCUUCGAGUCUAUUGGCAGGAACUUCUUGACCUGCAUAUGGAAAUGGGCUUGAGCAUCGAAGAAGCAUUGAUGUACUCCUUCCAGAGACUGGAUUCUGAUAUCUCACUAGAAAUUCAGGCUCCUCUGGAAGAUGAGGUGACAAAGAACUUAUCCCUCCAGGUUGCUUUUUCUGGGGCAACAGCUUGCAUGGCCCAUGUCAAUGGAAUUCACCUGCAUGUAGCAAAUGCUGGUGACUGCCGGGCUAUCCUUGGUGUCCAGGAAGAUAAUGGUGUGUGGUCCUGCUUACCUCUUACCCGUGACCACAAUGCUUGGAAUGAAGCUGAGCUGUCCCGGCUUAAGAGAGAACACCCUGAGUCUGAGGACAGAACACUCAUCAUAGAUGAUAGGCUGCUGGGUGUCCUCAUACCCUGCAGGGCCUUUGGGGAUGUCCAACUGAAAUGGAGUAAAGAGUUGCAGCGUAGUGUCCUGGAGAGGGGCUUUGAUACUGAGGCCCUCAACAUCUACCAGUUCACACCACCCCACUACUACACUCCACCCUAUCUGACUGCCAAGCCUGAGGUUACAUACCACAAGCUGAGGCCCCAAGAUAAGUUCCUUGUGCUGGCCUCAGAUGGUCUGUGGGACAUGCUAGGCAAUGAGGAUGUGGUAAGGCUGGUGGUGGGGCACCUAUCCAAGGUUGGUUGCCAUAAACCGGACCUGGACCAAAGACCAGCCAACCUGGGCCUCAUGCAGAGUCUGCUGCUGCAGAGGAAAGCCAGUGGCCUCCAUGCAGCUGACCAAAAUGUAGCCACGCAUCUGAUCAGACAUGCCAUCGGGAGUAACGAGUAUGGGGAGAUGGAGCCAGAGAGACUGGCUGCCAUGCUGACAUUACCAGAAGAUGUAGCCAGGAUGUACCGGGAUGAUAUCACUGUCAUGGUGGUGUUUUUUAACUCAGAGUCAAUUGAUACAUAUUAUAAGGAGGGUUCAGAGUCUCACCCCGUUGCCAAAGCUAGCACGAAUACCAUUUAAAACAUUUUCACUUCUAAGUGAGCAAUUCAGACCUUAUUAAGGAAUAGGCAGAUAUAGGUUGCUGAGUAAUUGACUAACAAAGGAAGGUAAGGAAACUCAGACUUAGUAGCAUUAGCAGUGAUUUUUGUCUCUGAGUGCACUGAUCAACUCUCUAUGCUGCAGAGAAUAAAGACUAAAAAUGGCUUAGGCUUAUGUAGCCCAUGUCCUUUAUAAAGACAAACUGUGUCAUCCUGUGCUUUUAAAGAUUAAAUUUAAUCAUGAGUCUAAGAAUAAAUAAUUCAGGAUCUUCUGAGACCCAGUUGCAAAAUUUAUGAAUGUGAUCAUUCUGAACUGUUAUGCACAACUUCUAGGCUAUAGUUUUUGUUUAUUUUGUUUUCUAAUUAUGGAAGCCUAGGUUUACAAAGCAGUCUUCAGGGCACUUUUCUAUGUCGUAUUCUAACUUCCUGUGUGUGUGAUUUUCUGUAAUGACUGAAGAUGUUCUGUGCCAUUUGCAUUUUUAAAGCUGGUUAAAUUUAUUUUAAAAUGGAAUCCUCAAACUUGCAAGCAGGACUGCUGUAAACACGUUUAGAGCCACUCAUCUUGUUUGUAUUCUCAGCUGAGGAUGAGAGGGGCUAGCUCUCUUGAGUUGUCUGAAUUUAAUUGUAUAGCCUUUGGUCCCUUCUGAGUUCCACCACAAACCUUUGAGCCAUACUGGGAGGUAACUUCUGUCUAAUCCCUGACCCCUGGCUUUCUGCUUAGUAAAACAUUCCAUCAGGUUUAGCCACAGGAUUAUUCAUAAUUCUCAUUCUUUCUGAUUAUAUCCCUCAAACACUUGACAUGAUACUACCUCUCCUAUGCUGCCCAGCCUCACCCUGCCUUUACUGGAAAAUCUUUUACCUGUUCUCUCUUCUAAAGGUUGGAAGAGAGGUGUCGAUGUGGCCAGGUGGUUGGUGUUGUGGACAUUUGAGGGUGGGCUUAUUCAGUGGUUUGUGGAUUUAGGAUUUCAGCCUGAGUCUAAGAGUUGGGAAAAGAAUGCCCUGAGAGAACAGCCGUGAGCGAGGCUUUCUCUUUGCAUCUUGGGAAGGAGGAGAGAGACUUAUCAGAUGGGACACCUGCCCCUGCCUGUUAUGAAUUGACAUUGCUACGCCUCGGGGAUUAGACCAUAUUUGGUAUGAGAGUUGGGUGAAAAUUGAGAUGCAUUUGGUCAUAGGGCCUGCAGAAUCCUUGUGUUGCUUGAAAGCUAACCCACAUGGAUCCUUUUUAGGGGAUACAUUUCUUCCUCUCUUUGGCUGUGGCAUUAAACAGCAGGAAAUGUGUCCCUAAAUGGAAACACAUGUAUUUUUUUUUUUUUUUUUGGCAGUUUUAAUUUCCUCAUCAGAGCAUUGUAGGCAAAGUCUUAGUCUAUCCCUUGUCUCUUACCCACUAUGCCAUCUACACACUAAAAGGUAAUUAGGUUUGGCCCCCUCAGUUUUGUAGGUAGACAUUCUGUCAAGAGUUGGGCUGGGCUGGCAGAACAGCUCAGUGGAUAAAGGCUGCCAACCCUGGAAACUUGAGUUGCAUCCCCGGGACCCACGUGUUGGAAGUUUUUUUUGCCCUCUGAUCUCCACAUAUGCACAUGGCUCGUAUACUCACAAAAUAAUGAAAUAAAAAAUAUGGGGAUUGCUCUUUGGACAUUUCCUAGUGUACCUGUUUAGUGAUAUGGUUUUUUAAAGGGACUCUUUUGGGUUUUUUUGUUCUGAAACCAUUGCUGUUACUUCUGAUCUCUCAGAUUUUUACUCAAAAACAAAAUGUAGGCAGUUGUCCCCUAGAGGGACCUGCCUGUACCUACACUUGGCUAUGUUUACUUUCUGUGGCUCUUUCAUGCUCUCAGGUGUGACUUGCCUGGGGGAGGGGGGCUUCCUCUUAACCUUCAUGUGUAAGAGAGUCCUAAGUAAUAAACCCCCACUGUGCUGCCUCAAAAUAGAAAAAACCUGGGUGUGCUGGCACAUGCCUUAAUCCCAGCAUUUGAGUGGUGGAGGGAAGAUCAGAAGUUCAUGGCACCUUGUCUACCAACAAAAUAGUGUGUCCCAGUUAGACACCAAGGCCAGCCUAGGCUACACAGUGAGAACCUGCUUCAGGAAAAAAAACAAAACGGUAACCCCAAAUGUGAGUCAUUAUUAUUCUAGCUUGAAGAUUUGCUGUUUGAAUGGAAGACACUAUUUGUCUGACUUUUUUUUGUUGUUUGUCCUUUGUUUCUUGUGCCAGCUAAACCCAGGAUUACUCCUGGGAGCCUUAACUGGUCUUCAAUAUCUGAGCCCUAUUUUGGAGGCUGGCAGAAUGGUUCUGAUUCGGGUGACUUAUCCUGAAGUUGAUAGAACACAGACCUCACAUUUGUGUCUCCAAGAGUGUCUGUGUUUUCUCACUGCUAAUGGAUGCUCCUGUUUUCCAGCUGAAAUACUGAGAAAGAAGAAAGACAGGCUUAUUAGCUACCUUUUCUCUUCCUCUGAGUAUUGCCUUCUGGUUACAUGUCAGUAUGUCUGUCUUCUUGGCCAUGGCCUCCUGAAGCAAAUGAGCUUUUGCUUUGGGACACAGAAAUGGGACAGGAGAUUCAUGGUUCUUGUCAGUUUUUCCAAAACUCUUAUCAUCCAUUUCAUAUAGAGAUUUCAAUUUUUAGACUUUUAAUAGUGAGAUUGGCCAUUUCAUAUCACAGAUGUAACUUGAAGGAAGUAUGUCUUGGUGCUUAAAAUGACAUGAUUGGGGUAAGAAACUGAUGGAAAUGGUGUAACUUAGAUUUUUUUUUUGUACAGUGCUGUUGAUUUCUGAAGUUAGUAAAACUGUGGAAGAGAUCAUAGUUUUGAAUGUAUGCUAGAUCAUGUUAAUAAGAUUCAGUUUUCUAAGGUGUUAUUUAUAACGCUAAAGCUAAUUUAUUAUAAUGUAACUUUGAGGUGUUGUAAUAUAUGGAUGUUUUCCCCAGAAGUACAUUUGGCUUAAAAGUUAAAAAGCUUUUAGGCACACUGGACAAAACCGUUGAGACACAAUCAAGUUGACAUCUUUUAAACACAGGUAAAACGUGAAUGCUUGACCUUCAGAUAAAGAAAGGGAUAAUUAUGUAAAUCAACAACAAUGUAUUCAAAGAAGGCUGGUUCUGUCCUUUUGACCAGUUUGUUUUCCUUGGACAGCUAGUGGGAAGCUGUAACCUCCCAGGUUAAACCAUAAUAUUCUGGAAUGGCGCCAUCACAGUUUCAUGUCUUUGAAGGGUGGUUGUUGAGUGUAACUCCCAUUGGAUUUGAAGGUCAAGGCUGAUGCAGCCUGUCAUGUGAUGUAAACUGUCGUGUUUAGCCUGGUGGGGGAGGCAUGUUUGGGCUUCGGUAUAGCUAUUUCCUGAGCCAUCUGAGGUCCUAUCCCUUCUUCCUUUGGUGUUUAACUUGCCUCCUGGAAAAAAUAUUUCUUACUAUGCAUUUUCUUGGAACAAUCAUUAACCAUGUUCUUUAAUAAUUACUGGCAUUUGUAUUUUAAGCUGUGUACUGGUGGUUCCUAUCUGACCCCGAUUUUCUAACCUUUGAGGAUAUUUAAGUAGAACUUUUAAAUAAAAGAAACAAAAAUGA